AUGUCAGGAUCAUAUGUUUGUACCUGUCUUACAGAAUGGUUAAGUGAUAAUAUAUCAUGUCCUGCGUGUAGGUCAAAGAUUGAUCAAGAACCCUUUUUUAAUGUUCAAUUAAGAGAUUUAUGUAAUACAUUAUUUGAAAUGUGUCAAAAAAUUUCAAAUGAUGAAUUAAUUGAUACUAAAAGGCAUAAAUUAUUACAAGUUGAAAGUUAUAAUAAAGAUGUUUCAUCAAAUAAUAAAUUUAAAAGUGUAUUCAAAAAUAUUGGUCAAGCUGUUGUGGAUAUGAGUGAUGGGGUUGCAAGAUGUUCAAAUUGUCAUUGGGAAGUUGAAGGAGAUCGUUGUCCAAAUUGUAAUAUAGCUAUAGGAAAUAGAAAUGAGUUAAAUAUAGUUAGUGAUGAUGAUACAGAUCUUGAUGGUUCAAGAUUAGGAUUCAUGGGACCUGUUGAUCAUUGGAAUACAAGUGAUGAUGAAGAUUUUGAAAAUUAUGAUAGUGAAAUUGAAAGAAGAUUAAGGAAUAAUGAUGAACCAGAUGAAGAUGAUUUAGCAUUUGUUGUUGAUGAUGAUGAUCUUGGUGAAGAAUAUACAGAUGAUGAAGAUUCAGAAGAUGAUGAAGUGGAAAAUAGAGAACCACAAUCUCCAUCAUCACCGAAUUAUCAUAAUCUUCGAAGACGAGAUGAUGAAGAUGAUGAUGAUGAAGAUGAACAAAUUACAACUAGAAGAAGAUAUACCCCAACAUUUAUACUUGAUGAUGAAUGGGAAGAUACAAGAGAUUCAGACGAAUUAGAAGAUUUAGAAGAUCAUCAAGGUCUAUUAAGAAAUUCAAGAUUUAAUCAAAGUUCAGAUGAUCAAGAUGAAGAUGCUGAAAGUUGGAAUGGAUUUCAACGAAGUUCAGAUAUUGAAGCUGCACUGAGUGUAAUGGAUGUCGAAAAUCCAUAUGAGCUUGAAAGUGAUGAAGAUACAAAUAUAAAUAUUGGAAGAAGAGGUAAAGCAAUUCGUAUAUCUGAUGAAGAUGAUUAG